UCACGCUGAGCUUUGAUGCUGCCCUGCAUAAGGACAGGCAAAGUGCUUCACUUCAUGCUUCCGUAGACCCGCGGAAUCUGCCGUUGGGUCGGGAAUUUGACGAGCGACGUAAGCCCAGAGUUCUUCAGCGCAGGUUGGGAGACCCAGAGGAAGGGUCCACAUGGAGAAAUGGGCGAGAUCCGAUGCCGUCCAGGCCUUCCGAGGCUUCCUACAGCCGAAGGAGCCCAUCGAGUCAGGCUCCAGAUUUGACCGUGAGGAGAAGUUCCUGGAUCAUGAGAAGAACUUUCUAGAAGCAGCCAAGAGAGGCGAUGUGGACACUUUAAAGGCCUUGGGAAAGGUAGUAAAGAUCAAUACCCAGAAUGUGGACGGCCGUGCAGCCCUGCACUACGCAGUGGCGGGUCAACACCAGACAGCUGUCAGAUACCUCCUCCAAAGAAGACCCAACAUCGACCUGAAGGACAAGUACGGGUUGACCGUCAUCCACCUGGCAGCCUGGUUUGGAUCUCUGGAUAUCCUGAAGCUGCUUGUCACGGGAGGUGCAGAACAGAAGGUUUUGAAUCAGGAGGGAUGGAACAUCAUGCACUGCGCAGCCAUCAACAACCACACCGACAUCGUCGAGUACAUCGUCAAAGACCUGCAGAUGAAGGAGCUGGACAGGAGAGACCAGGCCGGACAGAGGGCGUUUGCCCUGGCUGCCAAACACGGCUGCGAUGAAACGCUCACGUUGCUGAUGGACGAGGAGUACAACAUGGCCACCAUGAGGCCAAACAAGAACGGCGACACACCUCUCCACCUGGCUGCCAAGAACGGUCACCUGAGCACCGUCCAGCUCCUGCUGCAGAGCUUCGAGACCCGGAACCAAACCAAUAAGGCUGGGGAGACAGCUCUGUCCCUGGCCGCAGACAGUGGCCAUGAGGACUGUGUUCUGGCCCUACUGGAGGCAGACUGUGACCCCAACAUCACCACGGCAACACGCAGUACACUACAUCAGAUUUCAGAGAGGGGAGACGAAUCAAUGAUCCGAGUCUUCCUACAGAACUCAAACCUAAUGGACGUUCAAGACCAGUACCUCCAGAGCCCUCUUCACGUGGCGGUGAAGAACUCUCAAACCACGGUCAUCUACGCUCUCCUGAGGUCCGGGGCCAACGUGAACCUCACUGACCAGAGGUCCCAGACCGCUCUCCACCUGGCGGCCGAACUGGGCCGGGCUGAUAUCGUGGAGAUGCUUCUGAAGGCAGGGAUGGACCUGGCCAUUCAGGAUAGGCAGGGUAAGACAGCCCUGGGAGUUGCAGCUCGAGCCGACGAGGUCCUCAUCGUGGACAUGAUCAUCAAAGCAGAGAGAUACUUCUCGUGGAGGAGCGCCAUUAGCCUCACCCACUCGGAGCUCAACGACGAGAGCCUUCACGGCCAGUCCCCGCUGACGUUUAAACUGGACCACCGCGCCGAGACCAAGCACAUGCGCGCCACCGCCUGGCGCCUGGCGUACAGGUUCCUCAAGCCACGGGCCUGGAAGAAGCUGGCGUCCUACUGGGGCUUCACCAAGCAGCAGGUGGAGGCCAUCGAACAUCAGUGGACAGGUGAGCAGAGCUACCAGGAGCAUGGGAACAGACUGCUGCUGAUCUGGCUCCACGGGGUGGACAUGGCAGCCAAGAACCCAGACAAGGAGCUUUACCAGAGCCUCGUAUCCACCGGCUACAAAACCACAGCAGAUAAGAUGAGAAUGGAGACAGAGAGCAGGUGGAUGAGUCAUUGUGUUCCGUCCUGAUGCUGACUGUCUCCCUGUCUGUGGACGAUGAU